CAGAUGUCAGUGGAGAGGAGGGCGCCAAAUAGGAAGAGCAGCAUAUGUGUGUGUGUGUUGUGUGUGUCUCUCAUCACAACCACACUCAUCAACGACAGGACUUAUCAUCUUCACUCUUUACUUAUGAGUGACCCAUCGAGGCGGAACGCCGUGGACGAAGACAGAGGCUAAAAACAUGGAGGCAGACGCUGUGAGCAUCUGGCCGCGCAUGGAGCCCUUCUUACUGGGAGCCCUGCAGGUGGCUCCCCCGUCCAAACUCAGCCUGCACUAUCUCAGAAAGAUGGCGUCGUACGUGCGAACGCGUGACGGCUGCUUCCCCUCCAUGAGCUGGCCCAUGUGGAGGCACAUUGCCUGUGGAAAGCUGCAGCUCCAUGAAGACCUGGCCUGGCUCUACUUUGAGACCUUCGACCUCCUCAUAGGCCACGUUCCAGAGGAGAGGCUGGAGUGGGCCGAGUGUCUCUCCCAGUGCUCGAACAAAAGCGAGCUGGACCAACAAAGGAGCCGGUUAUCUGUGGACACGCUGCAGUUCCUCCUCUUCCUCUACAUCCAGCAGCUGAACCGUGUCUCUCUUCGCACCUCUCUGAUCGGGGAAGAGUGGCCCAGCAUGCGAGCUCGAUCUCCGUCUCGCUCGGACCGAGAGGCCAAGACCAGCUCCCAGAACAAGAACUGGGACGAUCAGGCCCACCUGUCCUUUGUGCAGAGUCACCUGGGAGAGAUCCUGGAGCUGCUGGUGGAGCCGGGUCAGCUGUCUCAGUCUGGACAGGUGCUCAGAGGCUGCCAGAUCUCCCUGGAUGCUCUGCGCAGCUUGGCUCUCCUCCUGGAGGGCUCAGCGGGUCCCGGCAGAGCGGUGCAGCCCGUCCACCGGCUGCUCACCAAACCCCCGCUGCAGACCCAGGCCGGGUUCUGCUCCGCCAGCCGCUGCUUCCCCCUGCAGAAGCUGCUCCUCUGCCUGCAGAACAGACUCGCUCUCAACCCCUUUGGGAUCACCGCCUGCCUGCAGUCAGGGAAGAAGCUGGCCUGGGCUCAACAAGUGGAGGGGUCCAUGAAGAGAGCCAGAAUAGCCAGGAACACCCACACGGCCCCCCCCGGCAGUAAGAUGGUUCUAAUGUCGCAGGUCUUCAAACAGACUUUGGCUAAAACCUCAGACAAGCUGAACGGAGCCAACAUCAAAAUCCACCGCUGUGCCGACGCCUUCAUCUACCUGCUCUCUCCUCUCAGAUCAGUGAGUUUGGACAAAUGUCGAGACUGCACCGUUGUUCUUGGUCCUGUUGAGACCAGCGUUCACAUCCACAGCUGCCAGAACCUGCGUGUGAUGUGUGUGUCGGGCCGGAUCGCCAUCGGGGUCUCCUCGCGUUGCACCAUCCACACUUUGACCCCGACUCGACCUUUGCUCCUCCCAGGAAACACAGACAUUACUCUGGGGCCUUUCCACACCUUCUACCCCUCUCUGGAGGAUCACAUGGGCAGCGUGGGGCUCGCUGUGGUCCCAAACGCCUGGGAUAGACCCUUACUUGUGGGUACAGAGGGGCUUUUUAACCCCUCACUCAACUCCUCGUCCAACCCGGCCCCUCUCUGUUACCGCCUGCUACCUCCAGCUGAGUUUAACACCGUUGUGGUGCCUUUCGAGAUGGAGGGCGACACGUGUGAGGUGCCGGGGGGGCUACCUCCUCUGUACCAGGCGGCGGUGGAGGAGAAGGAGAAGAGGAUCCAGAACUGGCAGAAAACGGUGUUGGAGACCCCGCUCAACAAGCAGCAGAAGCAGCAGUUCCAGGAUUUAGUCGAAGUCAAGUUCCACGAGUGGCUUUUGGAAACGGGUCACCGGCAGGAACUGGACAGCCUCAUCCCCCCCGCUGUGAACUCUUUAAAGGACUCGACAACAGACACACAGGCAGUCAAUCACACCAGACACAUGAGGACUGGACGGGCAGUGGGACAGUCGCCUAUGGCUUGUUGAAGCUUUAUUCGGGUCUUAACGUAGCAACACAGAAAUGCACAAUGGCUACAUGUGUUCUGUGUGAGUAUUAUUGUACAGGAAGUGUGUGUCUUUUUACACUUUGCAGGUCCCAAAUGAUUUAUCCCACAGUCCAUUUUUUUACCAGCUGUCAAAAGGAAAUAUUUGAAGCAAAGAUGUUUCUGCUCUGUAAUAUGUUGUGGAUAUUUCCUUUAAUCUCCUCAGUACAACCGAAAUAGCUGAUUCUCCACAUUAGGAGAUUAACCAAUUGGUCAGUUUGCCAGAUGUCUAAAUGUGUCUGUUUUUGUAUGAAUUCACUCUGCUAUGGCUACACGUGUUCUGUGUGACAUUUGGAGUAUUGUUGUACAGGAAGUGUGUGGUUUGUGACACCUUACUCUGGUACGUGUGCAGCUGUAGAUCCAGCUUUUAUGGAACCUUAUGUCCCACUUGUUCUUAAGUGGAAAGCUGCUGUACAAGUUCUUCUGAAGAAAAGGCAGCUACGUGUUUAAGUAGGGAGUGUUUUGGCAUGUUGCUCAGUACGCUGUUGAGGAGAGCUGUAGACUCAAACAAACGAUGAAGUCACCACAGAGUAAAGUAGAGGGAGAUAUAUGAACAUCAUUUAUUUGUAUUAUUGCACCGUCCACACUGUCUUUGUAUGAAAGGGGUUAGCUGUACUUCUACACGUUGCUUUCCAUGAACUGAAGUUUUCAAGCUGUAUGUUUUGCCAAAUUUUGAACCUAGUCUAUUUUUUUUACCAGCUGUCGAAAGGAAAUAUGUAUUAUGUUGUUAUUAAGGUUAUAUUUUGUGGAUCUUUUCCUUUAAUCUCUUCAGUACAACCGAAAUAGCUGACUCACCACAUUAGGCUUGAUUAAACAAUUGGUCAGUUUGUCAGCUGUUGUCUAUAUAUAUUUUGGUAUCAGUUCCCCUUGCUAAAUAUGUAUAUUGGAGCAUUAUAGUAAGAUUAUUUAUCAUACAUCUUCCCAAUGUCCUGCUUUAAUACCUGUGAGUGAACUUCAGCACAUUAACUUCUUACUUUCCUAUUAGGGCUCACGUUGUAUUCACUAGAGCUGCUGCAGUACGAUAACCUAGGCCAAGUUGAAGGUGGAGAAAAUGCAGUUAGACAUAGGAGAAUAUUACUGUAAAAGCUGGGAUGUGUGUAUUUUUCUGAAGAUGUACGAACUCCUUACUGCUGUUGAACUCUGUCUGAACACACGCACCUCUCUGCUGUUUCUAUACGAAGAGCCCGAUAUCGUUUUUUAAUGUAAGAAAUAAUAAA